UCCUAUUGACCGGGCAGCUUAUGAUCCCAUCACAUCACAAUCACAUCGGCUAUUGUUAUUCUGCGUAAUCCGCCUCAGUGGUUCAAAAAAUGUCGUAAAACCAUACAGCAGAAAAAAAUUAUUUUUACUAUGAUGCUUACAGUCGCUAGAGGAAGCUGUUGAUAAAUGAUUUAUGGUGUUUGCGAGUGAAAGAUGGAGCACAUCAGACUGCCAAAGGUUGAAAAGGUCCAGCUAGUGGACAGAGGUUCCUCUUAUACGGAAAGAGUUGGAACACUGUAUUUAACAGCAUUUCAUACAGUGUUUGUAGAUAAUGAGGAUGAGGAUCACAGUGAACUAUGGGUGCUGCAUAGUCUGGUGUGUAAUAUUAAAAAACAAAGUGCAUCUGCAUUGGGAUACCCACUUCUCAUUCAAUGCAAGAACUUCCAACAUUUUCAACUCAUCAUCCCACAAGAAAGUGACUGCAAUGAUGUUUUCAUAUCAAUCUUGCGACUCUCCAGGGCAGAGCAAUAUGAGGAGCUUUAUUGUUUUUCUUUCAAGCCUAAUUUCAACAAGGAUGAGAGGGCUAAAAAUUGGGACAUUAUAGACUUGAAGGAAGAAUAUAAUCGAAUGGGAGUGCCAAACAAACGAUGGCAUUUGACUUCUAUCAACCGGGAAUACAGGGUAUGUGACACUUACCCAGCUGACCUGUUUGUGCCCAAAUCUGCAACCAUCCCGGUCAUUAUAGGAAGUUCCAAGUUUCGGAGCAGGGGCCGAUUUCCUACGUUGUCAUACUACUGCAAAGAAACUCAAGCGGCCAUAUGUCGGAGCAGCCAGCCUCUGUCAGGCUUCAGUGCACGCUGCUUAGAAGACGAACAGAUGCUAGAGGCCAUCAUGAAGUCCAACCCCAGUAGCCGGUUCAUGUAUGUUGUGGAUACCAGACCCAAGCUAAAUGCAAUAGCAAACCGGGCUACAGGAAAGGGCUAUGAAAACGAGGAUAACUACACCAAUAUAAAGUUUCAGUUCCUUGGUAUUGAGAAUAUCCAUGUAAUGAGGAGCAGUCAGCAGAAACUAAUUGAAGUGUCUGAUCUUUCUUCCUCAUCCAUGGGGGAAUUCCUAUCUGGCCUGGAGAAUUCAGACUGGUUAAAACAUAUUCGAUCAAUAUUGGAAGCUGGAAUCUUUGUUGCCAGGGCUGUGGUUGAAGAAGGCAUCAGCGUCUUGAUCCACUGCUCUGAUGGUUGGGAUCGCACAUCUCAAGUGUGCUCCAUAGCCAGUGUACUUCUUGACCCGUACUACAGGACUCUUAAGGGAUUCAUGGUGCUAAUCGAAAAAGACUGGGUUUCAUUCGGACACAAGUUUUCUCAUAGGUACAGCCACCUAAACGGAGACCCCAAAGAAGUGUCGCCUGUUAUUGACCAGUUCUUAGAGUGUGUGUGGCAGCUCAUGGAGCAGUUUCCCUGUGCCUUCGAAUACAACGAGAGAUUCCUUAUCAGCAUCCAGAGUCACAUUAAUUCAUGUCACUAUGGCAACUUCAUUUGCAACAGCGAGAUGGAGAGGAAAUGUCUAUGCAUUAGAGAGAAGUCUCACUCCAUCUGGCCUCAUUUGUGGAGAAAUAAAGUGGACUAUGUGAACCCUCUUUUCAGAAAAGACCACAGUCAGACCCAAGGAGUUCUACAUCCCAUUACCACCCCCUACUGCUUCAAAUUCUGGAGGGGUUUAUACAAUCAGUUUGACCGAGGAUUGCACCCCCGUCAGUCUGCUCUCGAGAGUCUAGUGGCUGCGAAAGAGGAAACACAACAUCUAGAAAAAGAUCUGGCCAUUUGUGAACAGAAACUGGCUACAUUGGCUAAGAAGCCACUGAAAGGCCUCUGUGUGAAGAAGCAUGUGCCAGUGUACAUCAGCCUAGCCAACAUACCUCAGGACUACAAUGGAGGAUAUUCUGGCAGUGAUCCUAAAGUUCUCAGCCUGUAUGGCGUCACACCAAAAAGUUCAGAGUGGGAGUCAGGAGGGGCUCAUUUCAAGUGCCACUCCUCAAGCAAUGGUAAUGCAUUUUCAAAUAAAGAUGGAAUUAUGAAUGCUGACUCAGACAAUAAUGCCUUCAAUGCUGCCUAAAUUUGAGGCAAGAAAAAAAUUAAAAGCCAUAUAUAGAGAUUGUAUCUAACUAUACAAAGAAUGUGUGGAAUUCCUGUAUGCAUUUGACUUUAGUUGUUCACUCAGAACUCAUUAAAUCCUGCAUUUCUGUCAGUGUAAUAUUUCUGUCAGAGUUGAUAUGUGUUACAUGUUGGUUUUACAUUUGCAUGAAGUUAUGUGCAGUACAAACAUGCAUGGUGCAAAAUGCCUCUUAAUGCUAGUAUAUUUAUUUAUACUAAGACCUGAAAGUCACACAAGAUACUGAGCAAGCAAACAUUUUCUCUGAGGAACAAAUUUGUAAUUUCCUUAUUUAGAUUCAGCUAUGUUAUAUCUAAUCUAUCUAGUAAAUAACUUAUUUUGUUCAAAAUAUAGGUCACUAUGUUUACAAAAAGGGUCUAACAUACUAUCCAAAAUCUCUGGGGAAAUAAAAAAAAACCAACUCUGGACCAAAGCAAGUUGUUUUGUUAGUCAUCAGUGCUCGUUUUAUUAACUGCAUGAAUAUCACUACAAAUUGGUUUAUUUAUUAUGUUGAAUGUUUGAAGGUGGUGUUAUGCUGAAUACAUGAAUGCUUAAAUUAUACAGUAAUAGUUUUGAAAGGACUUUCUCAGUGUAAGAGUUCACAUUUAUUACAAUGUUAUUCAACUCUAAAUAAACAUAUUCAACUCUUUGUUCUGUA